AUGACAAGCAGCAUGCUAAAGACAUUGAUACCAAUAUGUUUGGUACUACUAUCUAUCGCAAUAACAUCAUCACAGGUACAAGCACAAACACUAAACAUUAAUGAGCGUCAAUCAUUAAUGUUUAUCGCUCAGCAAUUAGGACUUAGAUGGAAUAUGACGGCGACAACAUGUCAAGGCAUAACCAGUCAGAUCACAUGUAAAACAGUAAACAAUGAACAGACUGUCUUAACAAUUUAUGCAGUUGAGAAUAAUCCAGUUGCAAGUGGAACACCCAAUCCCAAUGCCACAUUGUACUUUCCCAACCUCAAUACAUUCUCCUAUCUUCCAGACUUCGCAGUCUCAUUCAUCAAUGAUCCUACAAUCAAUCUGAUGACCAAGCUGGACAAUGCCAACAAUGUCCAACUAACAUUUAUCAGAUUGUAUAAUAACCUAAUGAUCAGUGUCAGCUUUCCAACCGAAUACCCUACGUUCAUACCUCUUCGUACAAUUGAUUUCAAGGGCAUAAGUAUUGAGGGAGAUAUACCUCAGCACACUAUCUCCAACUUGCGAGACUUCACUGUGAAUAGGUGCCAGUUCAAGUCAUCACAGGGCAAGAUCAAUCUGAACACUCUGGCAACAUAUCCAUACCUAACGAACUUAUGGUUAUAUUAUCCAAGGACACAAUCUCAACUCCUCACACUCAAUGUCACCAUGGACAACUUCCCAGUGUUGACCGCAUUAUCAAUCACAUCUGAUCAACAAUAUAGUUUAGAUAUUAGGAGUCAUUCUAGGUUACGUACAAUUUUGUAUGUAAGGAAUGGUACACUGACCACUGGUAACAGGAGUUAUAUGAAUAUAUUCAAUACAACUAGUUUGACUACAAUGACCCUGACAAGUAUCCAGGUAUUUCCAACCGAUCUUACAUCCAUCAAAUUGUAUACAGUAGACCUAUCUGAUGUAGUACCAAUGUUGGAGUUUAAAGGAUUGAGAGCAAUGACAUACACUACUUCCAACUUGACAAGAUUCCCUCCAGCAACAACCAUCGACCCUCUAUACCAAGGAACAAUGUUAUUAUUCCAAAAUGAUAUAGUAGGACCUCUACCAGACUACAAUUCAGGCAAGCCACUUCAACAGUUCAAUAUGCAGAACAACCUAAUGUUUGCUGGACCCAUCCCACAAUCAUACUGUCGCGUACACAAGGGUAGAUUCUACUUUACCUACACAUCACUCACUCAAGUGCCAGACUGUUUCUACUGUUUCUGGAAAGAUGUCAACUCCUUCUUCCCUCCAUCAGUCACUGUACCAACUAAUUUCACUUGCAAUUCCACUUUGUUCCAAACCAAAUAUUUGUUGACUCAAGAGACUGGAAUGGGAGGAAUUACAAUCAGAGGCCAGAACCUAGGUUACUGUGACACAUAUCCAGAUGUAACGUGUCUUGAACCAAACGAAUUGUAUUACUACUCUGUCAAGAAUGCGUCUGGCUCGGCCAACUUAACAUUCUCCAAGUUGUAUAAUAUCUCAAGAGUAAUCACAUGGGACACUGACAUAACUCCAAACUUUUCAAGCGCUCCCAAUAUAUCAUCUACUGAGUUAUCACAGGCUUUUGACUCGAAGAAGAUUACAUUUGGGCCAACGAGUAUUGUCUUUGUAUCCAACAACUUUCGAAGAUUGAACACAACUUUAGUUCUACGUGAAUAUCCAAGUGUUUCAUCAACAACAAGGUUGACAGUGAAUGGUGGACAGGUCUCAUUCUUUGGAUACUUUGGCAGCAAUAUCAGUCAAGACUACAAGGUAUCGAUCAAUGGUAUAAGUUGUCAAGGAACAGCUAGUAGUUCAUUCGACUCUGGUGCAAUCAGUUGUAACAUGCCAGCCAACCUAAAGCCUGGCUACGCAGACCUGGCAAUCACAGUCAAUGCACAACCUUACUUCUCCAAUGAUACAUUGGUUAUAUAUGGCGUUGAUAGCAAGGAUGACUGUGGCCAGACCAUACCACUAUGCGGUGGCAAUGGAGUCUGUACAACAGGCCGCUGUCAAUGCUAUGUUGGCUUUGGUGGAUAUUAUUGUGAGUCCAAGCUCAACCCUGGUGUGGUGAUCUUGCCCAACACCACUAGCCCAUCGACCAUCAUACAAGCAAAUGGAUCAGCAUUCCAAUUCAACAUCAUUGCAAUUCAAGAGAUGGACUCAAAUCGCAACAUCAUUGCCGAGUUGUUGACCUCCAACUGGACCUAUAACUCAUCCCCAUCGGACAACGCAACAUCAUACUCAUACACACUUGGUGCGCCCACAGCAUCACUCAACCAGGAUAGCCUGAGUGUGAUGGUGCGAUUGGACGUUGCGACAGCGACACGCACAGUUGAGUUUGCUGGACAGGUCGUCACAUACCCGCCCAACUCUUUGAAGAUGACGAUCAAUGUUGAUGGAUGGACGUUCAAGUCCAACUUGAACACAUUGCGCGUGGGCACAGGCAGCUUCAUUGGAAUGGACUCGCUCAACAACAUACAAUACCUCAGAGUGAUCAGCAAUGGUGUGGAACUGUUUGGUCGAUUCCUGCCCUAUGCAUUGUCCGAUGGCAGACCAGCAUUCUCACGAAAUGAGAUCAUCAACAUGACUGACGGUGCAACACUAUUUGGUAUCAACUUGCCACAUUGUAGCCAGAGUUGUGUGAUUGAUCCUGACUUCUCUGUGCUAGUGGAUCAGAGUGGCGAAGAUGGUAAAUGUGGCCGAGACAAUACCAAUCGAUGGAAGAUACCAGUGAUUGUUGUUACCGUUGUAGUAGGAUCAGUAAUCAUACUCACGGCCAUCAUCAUUGUAGCAAGACGUAUGCUGAAUGGUCGAGAUAUCAUUCAUGUGUUUAAGAUGAAGAAUAUUGAAUAA